AUGAUAUCAACAACUCCCCAAAUGGAUCUCUCAAACUUGUCACUUUUCAACCAAUCUACCUCGAUCUUCUCAGCCCUGAACGAACCUAACCAAACUAUUGAUUCCGAUUUGAAAGAUUUGGUACUUCGAUACAUCUCAUGCCUCGUUAAUGGAACACCUACUUCUGCCUCCAGAUCGACACCUCUUUCUACAUCAAUAGUUGAAUCUCAGUCACUACCACCACCAGCGCCUUUAGAUAUUAAAAAUCCCCUCAUGGAACUUUUCAAAUUAACCAGUGAUCCCCAAUUUAUCAAGCCUCUGCCAUUUCCAAGAAUUCCACGUGAUAGUCCAAGUCCUGAACCACCGCAAUACGAAACAAUUGAAAUGACAACAGAACCCGAUGAUACCUGGAUGCCCCGUCCAAAGAAACCUAUUUUCAAAAAACCGGAAGCAUCUGCCGCUCCAAGACAUAGACGCAGGAAGCGACGAAUUGAGGCUCAAAAAAGAUCUCAACUUGGAGACGAAGAAAACUCUUCCGAUUGCAUUGUGGUGUAUGAUGCAGAAGCUGAACGUCGUUAUGUUGCUAGCAUGUUACCAGUGUCGAAUUUGAGUCCAAGCUCUCUGAUUGCUGAUAAAGACGCCCCAGUUGCUCCCACCGCUCCUGCAAUAAGUUCUGCUGCAGCAAGCGUUCCAGCAAGCAGUUCAUCCGCAGCCAAUACGCCAACAACGAGCACUCCAACAGAACCAGAGCCAGUGACCCUCAAUAAAAGGAGACACACUGAAAUCCUAAGCAGUUUCGAAAACUGGAAGAUCAAACAUUGUCUGACAGACUAUCCCAUCAUUCAUAGAAAUGCUAUUCUCGAAAUGCGUAUGGCUAAAAUGAGAAAAGAAAGCACGGAUCAGAUCAUAAAAGAUUUGCAACGCUACAAAAUCUUGAUGAGAACAGUAAAAAUCAGCCACGAAACGACAACUGCAUUGCUUAUGGCUACAGUUAGUCUCCAAGCGGACCUCGACGCCAAAGAAAAAGAGUACGACCCAGAAGUGUUCUAUAACUACAUGAAAAGCAUGUCGGAAAAACGGAUGAUCAUGCCGGUUUCUAUAAAUCAAAAAUAA